AUGGAGCGCGAUGCUUUGAUCGCUCAUGGUACAUCUUAUCUUCUCCGGGAUAGACUGUUCCAUUGCUCGGACAAGUCUACCGCAACGGUCUGUCGUAAAUGUGGAAGUCUUCUGGAACCUGUUACUGAGCACAUCAGGAAUUUCGGAGAGCGCAGGUCUAGGUGCAAGUUCUGCAAUGAUGAUAAAGAACUUUACGAUAUUGAUGUUCCGUAUAUUUUUAAAUAUUUUUGGGAUAGCAAGUGGGACCAUCUGGAGCAAAAGUUUAAAGUCGGCUACUGGAGGUCCAAGGAAGACGCUAUUGUGGAUAAUGUUAGGAUGUGCCAAGUUUUGAGUAUCAAGGAUGUCAUGAGAGCCUGCAUCACUUUCAGAGUGACCAGGAACCCGGCUGUUGGGGAUAAAUUUACCACCAGAGCUGGGAACAAAGGCGUUUGUUCCUUUAUGUUCCCACCGGAAGAUUUACCAUUCUCAGAGUCGGGGAUGAUCCCGGAUAUUAUGUUCAAUCCUCACGGGAUCCCCAAUCGCAUGACAAUAGCUCUACUGAUCGAGAUCCUGGCAGGAAAAUCUGCUGCGAGUCACGGGCUGGUCCAUGAUGCCACGCCUUUUAGGUUUAAUGAGAAGGACACUGCUAUAGAUUACUUCGGAAGGUUGCUGGAGCUCGCCGGGUUUGAUUACUAUGGAGAGGAGGUGAUGUACUCUGGCACGGAAGGCACAAUGUUUGAAGUUUAUAUUUAG